CGAGGCCGGAAGUGAUGCAAAACUGCGACGCCAGCGCCCGCCGCGGCCGCUGGAGAAGGGUUUAGGUCACUUCAGAGACGGUGGGCUUUCUCCGGAUGGUUACAGCAGAAGGAUCAUGACGGGGAAGAAGUCUUCCCGGGAGAAGCGGCGCAAACGAAGCGGUCAGGAGGCGGCCGCGGCGCUCGCGGCGCCGGACCUGGUACCCGGCCUGGCCGGCAGCGGCAGUGGGAGCACCAGCGGCUGCGGCAGCACCAGCGGCUGUGGGAGUGUAACCUGCUGUGAGAACACCAGCUUCAGUGGAAGCGUCACCGGCGUUGGGAGCGGCGUGGAGCGCAGCGAGCGCCGGAAGCGGAGGAACACUGACUCAUCUUCCAGCGUCUGUGGCUCCUUGCAACAGGAAACCAAGCAUCUUUUACCAACUUUGGAAAAAGAAUUAUUCUUGGCAGAGCACAGUGACCUUGAAGAAGGUGGACUAGACCUGACUGUGUCAUUAAAACCAGUUAGUUUCUAUAUAUCAGACAAAAAAGAAAUGCUUCAGCAGUGUUUCUGUAUCAUUGGAGAGAAGAAGUUACAGAAGAUGCUUCCUGAUGUGUUAAAGAACUGUUCAAUAGAAGAAAUUAAAAAACUGUGCCAAGAACAGUUAGAGCUCCUGUCUGAGAAAAAAAUCUUAAAGAUUCUUGAGGGUGACAAUGGUAUGGACUCUGAUAUGGAAGAGGAAGCAGACGAUGGCUCUAAGAUGGGAUCUGAAUUAGUCAGUCAACAAGACAUAUGUAUAGAUUCUACUUCAUCCAUGAGAGAGAACAAGCAACCUGAAGGUUUGGAAUUAAAACAAGGCAAAGGGGAAGAUAGUGACGUACUCAGUAUAAAUGCAGAUGCUUAUGACAGCGACAUAGAAGGCCCAUGCAACGAAGAAGCAGCUGCUCCUGAGGUUCCAGAAAAUACUGUCCAAGGUGAAGCUGGUCAGAUAGAUGACUUGGAGAAAGACAUUGAAAAAAGUGUGAAUGAGAUUCUGGGACUGGCAGAGUCUAGCCCAAAGGAACCCAAAGCAGCCACCCUCUCUGUUCCUCCACCAGAAGAUGUUCAGCCUUCUGCACAGCAGCUGGAGCUGCUAGAACUUGAGAUGAGGGCAAGAGCUAUUAAAGCCCUGAUGAAAGCUGGUGAUAUAAAAAAGCCAGCCUAGUUAUUUAACUUGAACCUGAAUUUUAGGUGUGUUUCAACAAAGCCACGUCGUAUAAUUUUGUAUCUGAAGUUUAUUUUGGGUCUUAUAUGAUAUUUCUCAAUCCUUAUUAGAUAAACUCAUUUUAGGCCUCAAAUACCUAUAUUUCUUUUCUUUGUUGUUACUUUUAUAUUAUAUAUGUGUUAUUGUUUUAUGAGUUCAUGGCAAAUGUUAUUGGUUAACUGGAUACUUUGUUAGAUGAGUAUUUAGCUAUGUCUACAGAUCAUAAUCCGAAAAGCCAUCAGCAAAGAGUCAUGGUAUUUUUUUCUUUAUUUUUAAAUGUUUUGGCACCAAACCAAAAAGCUUAAGAAAAAUUGACCAAGCAUGUUGCUCUUAAAGCUGCCUAUAUUUUGCAAUAGAAUAUUAAAUUAUUGCUCUUAGGUUUGUUAACAGUUUAAGAAAUUUAGCUCUGCUUAUAUGCACUUUUAACAUAUGUAUUGUCUUGAAGAUACAUUAUGGGUGUGGAUUUACUAGCAAAAACUGAGUAAUAUUUUUCACUAUAAGGCUUAGAGAUCAGAAAUGGCUGAAAAAAACUUUAUGAAAGAAAAAAAGGACUUAAUUUAAGGCAAUUUUUAACAAUGUAGAGUAACUGCCCAACUUUAAUUCCAGCAGACAGGUCAUUCUAACAGGUAUUUGAUAUUAUCAGACACUUUGUUCAACUUUUUUUCCUCAGUAAAAAGGGAACACAUUUUCAUUCCAAGCUGUCGGGAAAAGAGAAUAUUUUAUUGUACAGGCUUUCAUCUGGUGUUUUUGCUUGAAGAUCUGAUGUGCUAUAAUUCCAUGAAUUAAAAAUAAAGAAGACUAUCAUUCUGGAUUUGAAGACUUGAUACAUUUCCAAAAGCAAAAUUAAUUUCAGGAAGCUUUGAUAAGUUGAUGUUAUAAUUAAUCUAAUUUUGUAUAGUUUUUGUAAAUAAAUUAACAUCCUGCCACAAUUACAGAUUCUUUUUGGCCCAUUACUAAUUGCAGUCUUUUUAUACCAAAAUAAACGUAGGUAGAGACUCUUAACUUAAAAUAAAUUAAUUUGUUUUUCUAAAAUAUAAAUCUGGAAUUAUUGUUUUUAUAUUUGCUCACAAUUAUAGUAUAUUUUAUUUAUAAGCCAUGCUCUCCUAAUGUUGUCUGAGGAUUUUCUUCAGAUAUAAAACUUACAGGGAUUGUGUUUUCUUAGCUGGCUUAAUUAUAUAUGAAUUUUAGAGGAUUAGUUAUGGAAAUAGAGAGUAUUUAUGAAACAUUGGAAUUGCAGUUACAAAUUCAUUUUUGUUGUUGUUCUGGACAUGCCUUUAAGUAAUCUUGACAUUUUUCUUUUCUCCUUUAAGCUUUCUGAUGAAGCACAGAGACAUAUCAUUUGAGAUGCUUCUCUUAGGCUAGUUAACGUGAAUCUGAUUUAAAUAGUGAGUUCUCAUAGUUACUCCUUCAAAAUGAAAAAGCAUUGAUUAUGGUUUUUCUAUUUCAACUUAAACUAAAAGUUAAAAUAAUAAAGUAGUGCAGAAUAAACUUUAUUGCUGCUUACUAAUUACAAAAUGCUGUAGAUGACAUGUGUGAUUAAACAUAUAGGAGUAGAAAAAAGGUCUGAGUGCUUUGUUACUGAUUAAAGUCACCACCUUCAUGAA